GGCAUCAUCAUCUUAAUCAGGGCCAGCCACCUCCUCCACUCCCCCAUGUAUUAUUUCCUGGGCAAUCUGGCCUCUGUAGACCUCUGUUCUUCCACUGUCAUCACCCCCAAGUUGCUGGUUGACUUGAUGUCAGAGAAGAAGAGCAUUGCUUAUGCUGGGUGUGUGGCUCAGGUCUUCCUCUUUCAGCUUCUUGGGAUAACUGAAUGCUUCCUGCUGGUUUCGAUGGUCUAUGACCGUUACGUGGCCAUUUGCCAUCCCCUGCUGUACCCCCUUGUCAUGUCCCCAAAGUGCUGUUUCCAGCUGGUGACUGCCUCGUACCUCAUGGGGCUGACCAAUGGCGUGGGACAGACCAUCAGCAUGUCCACCCUGUCCUUCUGCAGCUCCAGCACCAUCGACCUCUUCUUCUGUGACAUUUCCCCCCUCAUCUCACUUUCCACCUCUGACACCACCCUCAGCCACACCAUCCUGACCACUGCAGCAUCUCUCUUUGGUGUGUCCAGCAUCCUGGUUAUCCUGCUCUCCUACGUGGCCAUCAUCGCCACCAUCCUGAGCAUCAAUUCAGCCGAGGGCAAGCGCAAAGCCUUCUCCACCUGCACCUCCCAUUUCACUACUGUCAGCAUCUUCUAUGGGGCAUCCUUUUUUAUGUGUUUAUUCCCCAGCUCAGACAGUUCAAGGGCAGCAGAUAAAUGGGCUGUGGUGCUCUACACCGUGAGAGUGGCUGGAGGAAAGCACUUGAGUGUGACCACGUUUGUCCUCUUGGGCUUCCCCAACGUGUAG